ACAGAGACUGAAGCUUUUGGUCUAGAUCAAGUUCUGCUUUCCUGUUCUGUCAUUGUGAUCUGUCAGACUCUCGUCUUCCAGAGUCUACCUCCGGCAAUUUCAAUAAACUACACGUUUUCCGUUCCCCCACAUUCAGUGAUUUAAUACCUGACAUUUUCAACUCAUAUUUUCUAGACGCCAAUGUGUAAUGAAGUCAAGAUGUAGUCCAGCGGAACAGCCAAUGGGACAGAGACUGAUUGUUUUGAUUUAGUGACUCACUGCUGUUAUUCUUAGAAUUGAACCAUGGACAAGGAGGUGAAAGUUUGCGGUAAAAGAAGGAAAACAGAUUCUGAUAAAAGGGCGACGAGGAGAGAGCGCAACAAAAGAUACAGUCAGAAAACGUCUUCUAUUCAAGUUCCAGUUGAAGUCACCGAGGAGCUGAGGAGAAUCGGCAAUGAAGAAGGGUUUUCCUCGGACAGGGAUAUCAUAUCCUAUCUCAUAUCUGUGUACAACAACAAGGCACGUGAAGAACACUCCCAAAUUUCAAAAGAAUUUAGAUCACACGUCAAAGAUGUGGCAGUGCAGACCGAUGAUGAACCUGUUCAAAGACUAACCCAAGAUCAAGAGGAGCUAAUGCAAGAGAUUGAUGGUGAGAAGUGUUUACCAGGUGGUGCCGAUGGAGAAAUGGAACAAACUCACUGGUUGUCGAAUGAUACAAAUCAAGGAACCUCAUACCUCAAAGAAGAACGCAAAGAUGAGUGUGUCACUCCAGGAGCAGAUGGAUCAAAGUAUUACAUGAGUCAGCUGUUAACUCUUGAAGGUCAAACUUUCACCAUCAAACAUGAGGUAGAUGAAGAUCUCACUGGUGAAGAACAAGAAGAGGAUCAAUGUACUAAACAAGACAUAAUCAAGAUGAGAUCUGAAGGAAACAAAUGCUUCACCUGCAACCGGAUCUUCAGUCAUUAUCGGAGCCUUAAAAGACAUCUAAAUGAACAACAUGGACAUCCCCGAAGGCACUCAUGUAAGGAAUGUGGAAAAACCUAUGGGCGACUGGACAAUCUACGGGCCCAUGAAAGAAAGCACCAGAGAAGUCCUAGGAGAAGAAGCCCCCAGGCAAGUCGCUCUCCCCAUAGGAGUCCACGAUCAUCGAGGUACCAUCUGGAGGAAAGAUUGCCCAAGUGUGUCCAAAGGCAUACAAGGCAAAGAAGUAGGUCACCAAGGAGUCAUUCAAGCAGAAAUCACCCAGACCGUGAUCAACAAAAAAGGAACCAAAUCGACUACAAAAGAGGGAGGGAUGCAGAAAGAAAGCUAAGCAAGGAACGUGCCCCUGGUGCGAGAGGAAGUGAAAGGGAAGAUGAUUUUGGCGAUCAUCUGGUGAUUGACGUAUUACCAACAACCCGUAACGAUGUGGAGGGAGAGAAUAGGAAGCCCUUAAAAGGAAAGGCAAGAGGGAUGUGUGCUCUUCUGGCAUCGGAGAGAAGACAGGCCAAUAGCACAUCCGAGGAUGCAGAAGAAUCAGAGGGGACAGUGGUUCAAGCGAAUGAUGAUGUCCUAGUUACCAAUGAUAUCAGACGAGUACAGAUAGGGCAAGACAUCGGGAAUUUAGAUGCAGAGAGAGUUCUCGAGGGGAAAACUGUGAAUGUUUGUGAGUACAGUUCUACGUCAUGUUACGGGAAGGAGGGAAAGGUGUUCCAGGAGAGCAAAGAACGGCGUUAUCAAGUGACAGUGCACCAAAACCUCAACGAAUCUGCAGACCAAACCAAGGGAGCCACAAAGAUACGUGGAGUGGACAAGGCCGGGAAAGUAGGGACCUCGUUAACUGACAAAGAAUUGGAGGCCACGUGUGUAGGGAAAGUGAAGAAAAUAAACCAAACUGUUAAGAGAGAAACAUUCAGGUAUGGCGAACUCAUACACCAGGAAGAGGUCGUCACGGCGUAUGAGGUGGACUUCGAAGCCGGAUUGCUCUUGAAAGACUGUUAUUAGGAAAGUUCAUGAAAAUUGGAGGACAUUAUUUGUUUUUUAGGUUGUACUUGAAAAGGAACAUUUUUUAAAACAUGUGUGAGGUGUUUUAAAAAUCAAAGGAUUAAAUCCGAGAAUAAACGGAUUGUUGAAGAGAAAGAAAACAAAAAAACAAACAGAAACAUUUAUGGUGAAAUUGAAAGUGCUUAAAAAAAAGGAGACAUUCUGGUUUGACCUAAAACAAAGAUGUUUUUUAUUGUUCAGACAUUAAAGUCAUAGGGGUCAAGUGUUAUCCCCCAUCAUUCAGUUUUUAAAUUAGAAGAAAGGCAAAAGGAAUUUUUACCAAAAAAAAACCCCAAAAAACAACAACAAACAAACAAACUUGCAUGUCAGUCAGGAGACUGACUAAUCUUGGGUGAGUGUUGUGUAACGAACUCAGUCAUUUUUAUGUGAAGGUGCGUGCACGUGGAGAGAGACAGGUGCAGCGCGCGGCACGUAUGUCUGUCGGCCCAUUGUUAAUGGGGGCAGUUGCAGUUGGUGAGGCCUGGUGUGAGGACAUAUGUGCCGUGCGCUCCCGAAGAUCUUCAGGUGCCCGUUCGUGUGACACACUGGUCUGCAAUAUUUUUGGAGGGUAAGUUACCCAGCAUUAAAGUGUUGUAACCU